ACCAAUGAUCCAACCGCUUGACCGGGAAUUUGUGGCCAUUUUGGAGCGCAUUUCCCUUUCCUUUCUCAGACACUUUCACUAGUGCCGCUUUUAUAAUGAAUCAUUCCAUUGUACCUAAUAUACCGGGAAUUCCUGUUACGGAUGAUACCUGGCUAAGAGAAAAAGUAGCUUCGUUGCUACAUAUGAAAAAAUACAGAUUUCCAGGCGCACAACCUGUAAGCUUCGGCACAGCGGAAUUAGACGAACUAGAAAGAGAAGAUUAUUUUGUUGCAGAAAAGUCGGACGGUAUCCGAUGCUUGGCUCUAUUGCUCGUGAAUGAGCGAAAAGAGCAAGAAGUUUAUUUGUUUGACCGAAAAAGCAAUUUUCACAUGGUCAACAACUUGCAGUUUCCCAUUCCAAACGAUCCUUCCUUUCGAAAAUGUCUUACAGAUACCAUCAUUGACGGGGAAUUUGUCUUGGAUAAAGAGCCAGACGGUUCAAUGAAGUUACGUUUCCUGCUAUUUGACUGUCUCGUCGUUUUUGGCCGCAUGCUUAUUACGCGUGACCUGAACAAACGGUUGGGUUAUCUCAAAGGUGAAGUGAUCAAGCCGCACCAGAACAUGCUUCGCAAAAAUCCGCACAUGGUUCACCGUCAACCUUUUACUGUGGAAUUUAAAGAACAACAAUUCACAUAUCAUUUGGAUCUCGUGUUCAACGAAAUCAUUCCCAAUUUGAAGCAUGGGAACGAUGGCUUAAUAUUCACCUCGGUCGUCGCACCUUAUUCGCUCGGCACAUCGAACAAAAUGAUCAAAUGGAAGCCAGCCAACGAGAAUUCUGUGGAUUUCAAAGUACAUUUAAGAUUCCCAGGAAGUUCAUUACCUGGUGUUCUCGACUACAAUGCCAAGCCGCGAAUAGAUUUGUAUGUAUGGCAAGGCGGUCAAGACUAUAAAUUAUUUGAUCAACUGGGGAUUACCGACCAGGAAUGGCGCAAGCUUUUUGGAGAUAAACCGAAACAACUAGAAGGACGUAUUAUCGAAUGCAAUUAUGACCCAGAUCUUCAGAGAGACUAUAAUCUCCCUUCACCAUGGCGAUUCAUGCGAUAUCGCGAUGAUAAGCCCGACGGAAACCAUCAAUCAACAGUGGACAGCGUCUUGACAAGUAUCAGAGACGCCGUAACAAAAGAAGAGCUGAUAGAACAUAUCCCUCGCAUAAGAACUGCAUGGGAACAAAGAAAGAAGGCUAAAGAAUAAAACGAACCAAACAACUUUUUUUUUCUUUCUGCUGUAAUGCAGGACGUCAUGGAAUACCGGACCAGAUUAUUUUCUAUUGAUAACGUCGCUUGCAAACGCGCA